GUUGACAAAAUUAGAAAUUGGCCUUGCUUUUCUCACUCUCGUACUAGCGAUGAUGAACUUCGUACUUCAUCAAUCCCUUGAAACCGUUGAAGAAGCACUAGUUAUGUUACACUUGGUAGACCCUAAUUACGUCAAUGUCCAGUAACGUAUACUUGGUCAGGUUGAGAAGUAGAGAAGGGUGGCGUAGAUUUCUUCAAUCGGCCCCAAAGGACGUACGUGUACAAUCACAAUCUCAGCCUUUCUAUCAUCAUCAGAUUCACAGCCUUGGGCUUGGUGCUAGCCGCACAAGAGAGCCUCCGUGGGUCUAGUAGGUCUCUUUAAGGCCGAUUCAUGAUUCACCUUUCCCGCCGUCCGUGCCAUGCCUCUGGGGCUCGAUGGGCGCUAUCACGAUUAACCUCUACCAUGAGAGUACUAUGUGUAGCCGAGAAACCUUCCAUCGCGAAAGCUGUCGCCGGUCAUCUCUCUGGUGGUGAGGUCCAAACUCAUAAUACUCCGGAAAAGUAUAUCAAGAACUAUGUCUUUGAUUAUGAUUUCGGCCGCCCAUGGGGCAAAUGUCAGGUCACCAUGACGUCGGUUCUUGGUCAUAUUACUUCUGCGGAAUUCCCACCAGAGUACAAGAAGUGGGAGUACCCACCGCCAGACCGCUUGUUCGAUGCCCCUGUGAACGUAGUUGUGGCAGCAGACAAGAAGAAAGUCGCAGAGAACAUCGAGAAGCAGGCACGCUAUGCCAAUGCUUUGUGUAUAUGGACGGAUUGUGAUCGUGAGGGUGAGCAUAUUGGCUACGAGAUAUGCGAGGCUGCAAAAAAAGGAAACCGAACCCUUGAAAUCAAGCGGGCUAAAUUCAGUAACAUCGAAAGAGCGCAUAUCAUCAACGCUUCAAAGAGUCUUAUCAACCUUGACCAUAGACAAGUUAAUGCAGUUGCUUCCCGCAUAGAGCUUGACCUGAGAAUAGGCUAUGCGUUCACCCGAUUCCUGACUACUAAUUUACGAUCUCUCGGUGGCCCGUUUCAAAAUUUACUCCUCAGUUAUGGUUCAUGCCAAUUCCCAACCUUGGGGUUCGUUGUAGACCGUUAUUUCCGAGUUAGAAAUUUCAAGCCAGAGCCUUUCUGGGGCAUCAAAGUCAUGCAUAAACGCGAAGGGAUUGACGUUCAUUUCAGCUGGGUUCGCCACCGGCUGUUUGAUCGAGCAGCAGUUAUUAUUCUUUAUGAACGAUGUUUGGCGGCCAAAAAGGCCAAAGUUACCAAAGUCCAGGAGAAGCCAACGAAAAAGUGGAAGCCCUUACCGUUGACGACAGUCGAGCUGCAAAAAAUGGCAACAAUCUUUCUACAUAUGACGGGUCAGCAAGCCAUGGAAGCUGCUGAGGCUCUUUACAAUAAGGGAUUUAUUAGCUAUCCGAGAACUGAAACCGACCGCUUUGACCCUGGUAUGAAUCUCCGUGCUUUAGUACAAAAGCAAACCCAAUCUCAUACUUGGGGUGCCUUUGCUCAGAACUUGGUCGAUGGGGGCUUUCAACAGCCGCGGCAAGGACGAAACGAUGAUAAGGCUCACCCUCCAAUUCAUCCUGUAACAUUUGCUGCACCGUCAGUUCUCGGUGAACAAGAAAAAAAGGUAUACGAAUUCGUAGUGCGGCGUUUUCUAGCUUGUUGCUCGGAAGAUGCCAAGGGUGUCGCCACCGACGUCGAUAUUACAUAUGGCGAAGAGUCAUUUCAUGCCCACGGGGUGGUCGUUUUAGAACGAAAUUACCUCGAAGUCUACGUGUAUGAUAAGUGGACAGGUAGUGUCCAACUACCCAAAUUCACAGUUGGGGAAAUAUUUGAGCCCACUGAAGCGUUAAUGACUGAGGGGAAAACCGCCCCUCCUAAUUAUCUCACCGAGGCAGAUCUGAUAGCUCUUAUGGAUGCCAAUGGCAUUGGCACCGAUGCUACUAUGGCCGAGCAUAUCCAAAAAAUCCAAGAAAGAGACUACGUCCGGACUGUCCCCAGAACAAGCCGCCCUGACGAGGCAGAUGACGCAGAUGGUGGCCGCACUGGUCGACUUAACCGCGGUGGACGAGGACGUGGUGGCCAAGAAGGUCGAGGGGGCAGAGGAGCAGCAACCAAUGCACGCGGAGGCGUUAUGGAUUUCAUCCCAACUCAACUAGGCGUGGCUCUUAUUGAGGGCUUCGAUAGGAUGAAUUUCGAGACCAGCCUCGGUAAACCAUUUCUGCGCAAAGAGAUGGAGUUGAAGAUGAAGGCCAUUUGCGAAGGGCGCACGACCAAGGAAGUGGUCCUACGCGAAAACAUUGAACAGUAUCGGCACGUCUAUAUGCAAUCACAACAGAAGCUUAGCGUACUCAAAGCAGUAGGAAUUCUCUUUCUGGCCCUGAAUAUAAGCAAGGAAGUGCUAACAAAUUUGCAGGCCUGUCGGCAGUAUGUAUUUGGAACUUGAUCAUCCCCUUUGACGAUACUCCAAAUGAGUGAUAUUCUUCUCAUGACCAACAAACAAAACAAGGUUCUGGCAGAGACUCUUUGACCCAACAGGCAAUCCUCAAUGCUGAUCCUCCAUUGAUUGCCCUUACUCUCGACCAAGCUCUGGUUCUUUGCAUGUACGUCAUACGCACAACAUAGAUGCUGUCGUGCAAAUUAAGUGGGUGUCUGGUUGAGGUAUAUCUGCACAAGAAUCAACAGGUGGCCGGAAGCCAUGGGAAUUAUCGGGAAAAGAGGAGAAAUUAUUGGGUUAGUCGGAAGGAAAAGUAUGCACGUCGCAACUGUCCUCAGCCAAUCUCUUUAUCCUCGACACUAUCCGCAUCCAAACAAUAUGCGCCGCGUCCCCACAAAGCCCGGACAUCCUAUCAAGGAAUGCAUUGGUGAACAACGUGGGGAAAUAGCAAUGGCUGAUAGGGUACCAUCAUGAAGUUCCCCUUAGCGGGGUAAAAAUAGGAUGAAGAAGAUGGACUUCGAGUUUGUAAGUUGGGCAUAAACUAAAGUGCAUUAAGCACGGAUAGAGUCAUUGCUCGCUUGGAGUAACCAGAGCACAGAUCUCAUGCGGACAAG